AUGAAAAGAAAACUUCAUUUUUCAUUCACGAAACAGGAGAGGUUGUAUUCCUACCAAGCAAUAAAAGGAGAUUCAUUUUGUGCACGUUUAUUUAUGAAUGAUGCAACGAUGUGUUUUAUCGCCUCCCUUCCUCAACGUGCAUGCAGUCGAAAUGAAGAGAACCAAAAAGUGUGCAUCAAUUCAAUUAUUCAAAUAAAUCAUGAAGUGGACAAAAAAAGAAGCAAACAAAACGAAGCAAAUGAAACAUCAAAAGCAUUGUUGAAGAUUCAAUUUCUGAGAGGCAAUCUCAAUAUAAAAAUAGAAAAUAAGUAG